CUACGCGCGAGAUCCAUGUCGUCUCGACGACCAGUGGAAGCCACACACGUUACCUGCCGCUCCUUCCUAUUAGAUUCCGCUCGUCCACGCGUGUCCCGCGCGAACACGUAAUGCCGCGCAAGAGUGUCGAGGGGACCAAGUGAAAACGGCCGGAAGUGGUCCAGCGCAGAGGUGGAGAACGACGCGAUGGCCGGAGGGACGUCGCGCGCGGAGAUGCCUCGGUGGACUGUGCCCAUCGAGUGUCCGGUGAUUUAACGUCCUCGACAAGGAAGCCACCCCCUCAAGGUUCCGUACCAUCGGAUAUCCAGCAAGCUGGCCGCGACCUUAUCGCCGAGGACAGUCGCGCGCUAUUGUUCGAUUACGUGGACUACAGUCCAGAACGAUCGAGUCGAAUUGGCGUGGACACAGUGAUCUCACGCGAUCGGGAGCAAUCCGGAUAUACACGCGGGGCCGUUCGAGGGACCGCUCGUGGGUGGUGUUGACGUUUACGGGAUUCCUGAUGAGACUCGGAGUGCCGAUUGACUUUGACCGUAUCAUCGAUGUACCAACGCCGCGAAGCGAUCCACGACCGUCGGUCGUCACGCCGUGAGGUGACAGUCGUCGCGUGCCGAUCGGGAAACCUGGCAUCGACGCGUGCACGGAGGAUGGAAGUAAGAACUCGCGUUCGUGCGUCCGCGUGGAGCACUGAGGGUUGAAGUUCUGGAGUUCCGGUGGCCUACUUCGGCUCUGUCCUCCGGACGGAGGGCGCGCGAGGAUGUCCGAGAGAUGACUGGGUACUGAGGCGGAGAGGGCGCAGUGGCUUUGAAGGGGUUGCUGCCGCCUCGGUUUGGUGGAAUGGAGAUGAACGGCACCGAAAGCAGCCUGAAUGGCACCGAGGUCAAUCGCACUUCCUCGCCGAUCUUCACCAUCGGCACAGACUUCAUCACGCAGUGGAAGCUGAAGAGACAACGGGAGCGCCUGUGUCGAUUCGUGUAUAACCAGAUUUUGACAGCAGAAUGUACCCAGCUAAAUGGAACAUGGCCUGACCCGGAUGACCCGCGCUGGAACAGCGGUGAAUACGCGGAACUUCUACCCGACUGGUUCCCGACAAACGCGACGAAUACCUCGACUUUCGGGAACGCAACGACCACGCCGACGUCGGAUGAAUCUGUGGUGCCCGUUUUACCACCAUUUACGCUCUGGCAGACCGUACUGAUUGCUAUCUGCCUGGCGAUAUGUAUACUGCUAACUAUCGGCGGUAACAUCCUCGUUCUUCUGGCAUUCAUCGUAGAUAGAGCCAUCAGGCAACCGAGCAACUAUUUCAUCGCAUCAUUAGCUUGCACUGAUAUGCUUAUCGGCACCGUGUCGAUGCCGUUCUACACAGUCUACGUGUUAAUGGGAUAUUGGAAUCUGGGACCUCUCCUCUGCGAUCUAUGGCUGUCAGUGGACUAUACGGUAUGCCUUGUGUCCCAGUACACUGUUCUCCUGAUCACGAUCGACCGCUUCUGCUCGGUGAAGAUAGCCGCGCAGUAUCGCAGCUGGCGGACGAAGCAGCGCGUAAUUUGGAUGGUGACCAUCACUUGGAUCAUACCGGCGUUACUGUUUUUCAUCAGCAUCUUCGGCUGGGAGCACUUCAUCGGUUACAGAGAUCUAAAUCCGGGCCAGUGCGCCGUACAAUUCCUCAAGGAUCCGGUGUUCAAUACCGCGCUGAUAAUAGGAUACUAUUGGACAACGCUGAUCGUUCUGUUUAUCCUCUACGGCGGUAUAUACAAAACCGCAUAUGACAUGCAGAAAAAGAGCGAGGCCAAGCAGCGCAAGAUGCAGUCGAUGGUCGCGCUGAGCGCCGGCGCGAUGUCCGGUAUGGCCGGUCGCGCCGCCGGUAUAGGUAUUUCUAAAACACAGAGCACCUUGUUGAGUCAGGAUAAACCGAAGAUCGGAGCCACGUCGCUGGAUGACAGUGUCGCUGGCGCGGAUGCGGCCACCGCGCAGAAAACGGCCACGAAGAUGAUUGAUGGCGCGACGGCGCCGGAUACCACGAGCAAGAAUGUCUCCGCGACUAUCACGGUGAUGGAAACUGAAAAGUCCGAGCGCUCCAGCAGUCCCGCUUUCGAUUCCGACGAGGAGAGCACAACCGGCACCACGCAGCAGGCCAACACCAUCAGGAAGCGAUCCUCGCUGGCAGGUCUGGUAGCCCAGUCCGGCGCUCUUCAAGUUUUCGCCACUAACGGACGCCUGAAUGGCAUCGUGCCGAUCAAGGUCGAGUUGAGCGUGCCAACAGCGAGGAAACUAUUGCCGGUGAGUCCUACGCGCGACACGCCGGCGCAGAAAGCUCAAACACUGCCGAAGAUACAGGAGCUCAGUCUUCUGGACACCGACAAUCCCGCCGAGCCUGACAAGUCCAGUAGCCGGACGCUGACGCCGGAGCAGUCGUUAAAAUCGAACGACGCCGACGGCAAUCAGCAAUCGAUCGUCUCGAUUGAGGUGACGCCGCCCGCUCAACUUAAGCGAACGUCGAUCAGUAAUAGUCAACAGAACAUCAUACCGCCGCCCAUGCAGUUCCAAAGUAGCCCGCCGGUGUCGGACAGUCCGACCACGUCCUCGUCGACCGACAGACCUAGAUCAUUGAUCGUACGCUCCCAUGGCCACGGCACUUACGACAUUCUCACUGGUCUCGAUGGCGGUGAUUUACGGUACAUGGACGAGAGCUCCAUCAUCUUGCCCAGCCCUUCUUACGAGAGUCCACCGUCUUCCUUUUCGUGUAGUCUGGCGAAUCCGCUGUCGACGGCACCCCCGUCGCCUAUUCUCGGUAACACCGUGGCAGCCGGCUCGAAUACCAGCCUGCUGCAAGCCGCUCUCAUCAGAGCGACGGCGCAGCAGGCUGGCACCAGCCAGCUGGCCCAAAUCGCGCAGAGCAAACAGCACCUUCAGCCUGCGAUGUCUAACGCAUCGAGUCAAACGCACCCGCCGCGCGUGUUCAUCACUCAUCAGACGAACGUCGCGUCACAGACGUCGCCUACUGUCAGCAAGGUGCAUACGGAGGUCACCGUAAAUGCCGCUAGAACCAAGCGUCAACCGGUAACGACGGUAGUCACAACGACGGUUAUGCCGAUAGAAUCGUCUAACAGCACGACGGAUCGAUACUCGGAUCAACCCACCAAGACGAGCAGUAACCUGCCGCAGAACUCGUCGUCCAGCAGCAUAAUAAUGCCGACGACCUCGGCCGCGACGAAUAACCAGGAGGCGAAGAGCCAGUCGAAGAAGAAGAAAGAAACGUCGGACGCCGAGCAAAGCGGCUCCAGGCGCGACUUCGUCAAGUCUAUCGGGAAACGAUUGAAGGCCAAAACGCAGAAGAAGGACCACACGGUAGGCCGGCAAAAGUCGCGAACGGAGAACAGAGCGCGCAAGGCUUUUCGCACGAUAUCCUUCAUCCUGGGGGCGUUCGUCGCUUGCUGGACACCUUAUCACGUAUUAGCACUAGUAGAGGGGUUCUGCGCGAAUCCACCGUGCACGAACGAGCACCUCUUCAUGUUCUCAUACUUCUUAUGCUAUGCCAACAGUCCCAUGAAUCCUUUCUGCUACGCUCUGGCGAAUCAGCAGUUCAAGAAGACCUUCACCAGGAUACUGAGGGGUGAUUUGCACAUGACGUAAAACACUGCGGAUCGUCUCACGGAAUACUCGUUUUGAUAAUGUAGCUAACAUAAGCGAUACGGACUGUUUUUCUUUCUUCUGUUUUUGCGGAGAAGAUGGCCUUCCAUAUUUAAUACCGAAUUACACUCACUUAUCGUAACUGUGGUGAACUCGGACAAUAAAUAAAAUGAGAAAAAUAUUUUAAGACUCGCCGGCGAAGUCAGGUGUUACGCGCCUUUUGUACAUAAUACGCACUCAAAAACCGAUCGAAAGUCAUUAUGCUCGUAUGUACAUACGCUGUACACAUGUGUGAAUAUUUGUUAACGUUUAUGUGACCAGGACGCGCGCGCAUAACAGAUGUAUUGUACAUGUAGUCCUAGACAAUUAUAUGUGUACCACAAUAAAUAAACGCUAUGCUGAACCGGAGAUGCAUUCCUAACAACUGGUCCGUACCGUAGAGAGAGCUUGUGAGAUGUAACGCUGCGCGGAAAACGCGUGCAUUAUAGUUAAGUAGUAAUUACAUAAUUUAAUAGUAAGCAUUUAACGUAAGCCAAACGAAGAAAUAUCGUUCAUCACGAAAGACGAAAAGUGAAAAUCUUAAGUAAUAUAAGGCAUUCGCAUCCAGCUGUAUCAUGAAACGUCAGUCGCUUUGUAAAUAAAUGACCGGCUGUAUUACAAAACGCCAGUCACUUCGAAUAAAGGACCGUCUCCUCUCUUGUACGCAGUAAUCGCGGAGCGUUUCCGCGUUGCAUUAUUAAUUCCCGGCGUAUAUUUCAAGUGUUUCACCGGUUAUUUAAAUGUGCACCGUCUCUCUUUUUCUUUUUACAAACAACGAAUCAGCUUGAGGUAGCUCGCCUUUAUUACAAGUACCGGACAAUUAACGAUUUUCUUACGGCUUUCGAUUAUGAAUCGGAAUGUACACUGCCUCGAGAUGGCCUAAUAAGCAGGCCUUUUCUCUUCGAAUUUUAUGACACAUGGUACUCUCCUCACAAACGAGCUUCCAUCGAUGUCUGAUUGAUGUUUCAUGGCGUUAUGCUCGCAGAGAAUAUUUUGUCUUAAUAAAUAUUUCAAAUGUAUUAUUUAAUUAUCAAUUAUCAAUUAUUAGCUAAUUGUUUCAAGUUAAUUACUUAAUUGUUUUCGUUUGAAUACUCAUUUCUUACUUUAUUAUAAACCUUAGUAUUCUUAUUGUUAAUAUUAACCAUAUUAUAUUACAGUGAUAUUUAGUGAAAAAUGUUUCAACCAAAAGGUGUAAGGCUUGAAAAUAUCUAUUUACUAGUUUUAUCAGUGUGACCUUGGGUGGCGUCGUCUAAGGUCAAGGUCAACGUUUUUUUUAGAGGAGACGCCUAUUUUUUAUUAUACCAUCUUUUUCUACCAGUUAAUUAGAACAGCUUUCGUCUGAGACACUUUUUGUCUAAUAUUUUCUCAGAUAUUCAAACAAGAAAACUCGAUAACUUUUUCAAUAUUUAGCUUACGAUAUCUCGAUAACUGUAGUAAAAAGUGGUACAGCACUUUUUUUACUUGAUUCGGUCUCAAGAGUAUGCUGUAGUGUCUAUAAUUUUCAUGAACACUUGUGUAUAAACGAAAACUCCAAAAAGAUUUUUUAAGAUUAUUAUAUUAAAAUUCUCACUGUAUUUUCGUAGCAGAUUCUUGAGACCAAAUCAAGUAAAAAAGUACAGCAUCACUUUUUCUCCCAAUAAUCAGUUCUUGAGAUAUCGUUAGCUAAAUAUUGAAAAAGUUACUACAUUUUCCUUGAAUAUCUACAAAAAUAUUAGACAAAAAAUGCCUC